UAAUCGGUGGCUAGGUAAGUAUAGGUAAGAAUUAUAGCCAGACCUGGCGCGUUGAUAAUUCAGUCUUGAUCGUUUAUUCUGAAUCCACGAACAAACACCUUUUGUUCGUGAAAUUCAAUUUUUCACAAUGCGCUCAGUCACCAGCUUGUUUAUUGUAUUUAUAUCUAGUUUUCCGUUUCUAUUACAAUUAUGCACUGUGAUCGAGUCCACGGAGACAAAGCCAGAAAUGUCAUCAAGGAAUAUAAAGCCGCCAAAGGAGAUGUACCCAAAGAUGCCAAUGUCGAAAUCAUCAAAGCCGUCAGAUAUGGAUGCAUAUAUAAGUUUUGAUCCUAGUUCACGAUUCAAAAGGGAAUGUGCAUCCCGGUAUGGUGUGGAUUCCAGGAACAGAGAGUGUUUGCGAUUUUGCGGUUACGUACAAAUUGGAAUGAUGGAUAGAAACGCAAAUCUGGACAAGGGCUAUGUAUGGGAAAAAAUCAAACAAGUCGAUGGACUUCAACACAUAAAUAAAAGAAGAGCUUACAGUGGAAUUUUCAAUUGUGCAACUACAGCACAUUAUAAUCUCUGUUCGAAGUCAAAGAGAAACGCGCAGUGCGUUUUCAACUACAUUGACGAUGAAUGGAUUGAUCUAGAUUUGAUCAGCGUCAUGGGUGUGGGCGCCUCGUGACCUCGGUGGAGGCUCCAACUGGGGUGACCUUCCAUGGCCACUCAGGUCAACUGGCGUGGCGGGCUGAUCGGAUGAAAGGUGAUCAUUCUGAGAAACAUUGAGAUUUUCAAUUCGAAAUUUUAUGCGGACUGGAUUAUGAAUUUCACCAAUAAAUUUCAAUCCUAUUGUAUCAUAAUAAGUGUAGGUAUAAGUACCUAUUAAAAUUGCAUAAAAUUGAAAUAAAAAUAUGUACAUUGAAAUGUGAAAA